AUGGCGGCAGCAGUCACGUCUCCGGCAGCCCCACCAUCUGCAGUCGAGCAUGCACGUCAACAUCAACCACAUCAACAACCGCAGGAGCAACAGCCGACCUUAGCACAAUGGACCACGUCGAGACUGCCCAGCAAUCUCCUGUCCAUGAUCAAUCCGUUUGGCGCCAGCCACGAUGCCGAUGGCAAGACAAACCAUGACGCCCACAAACAUACCCAAUCAAGCCUUUUGACGAAGCGACCCAUCCUUGCAACCGUCUCGGUAGACGGCGGUCUGCCUAGUCCGAGUCGCAGCAGUGGCUCCCUCAUGUUCGCAGAGCCCGACACUCGCAGCAACUCGGAUGGAGGUUCGCGGGAAGGCAGCAUCGAUGUGCUGCGCGCAAAGAAGACGGCGAGACCCAAGACACAGUUCAGCAUAUGUCAUCCUCCUCCUGAGUCCAAGGCGCGACAGAAGUUACAUCGACGCCCGCGAUCAUUGCUACAACUCCAUCGACUUAGCGCCAACCAACGACCGCGACCUGCCCUCGAAGUUGUUCCGUCAGCCAACUUCAGUGUCCGCCUGAUACGUGCCAUCACAAAGGUGUUCAAGUCGAAGCAUAGCUUAUGUCCCAACGAUCUGAUAGUGCUCAAGGCCGAGAAGUAUAGCAACGAGGAGCACGAUGAGGAGCAAGAGGCGAGGGAUGUGAUCGGUCUGAUCUGCAAAGGACGCAAGGAUGAAGAGAAGGCGCGAGCGGGGAAAGUCACGAUUCACAUGGUCACGGGUGAGGUAUGGGACGCCUACCAGACCACGAGCGGUGGUUAUGAGUUUGCUCAUACCGACGAGCAUGGCCUGACUCUGAUGGUACGCUGGGUUCUGAAGCGGGCGAAGGACAACGCCAAAACUACGACCAAGGACGGCAAGCGCAGGUUCAACUUCAGCACCAUCUCACCAAACAGCCGAAGACAUCCUGUCAUCGCGACUCUCGCCCGUAACGGACUCGGUAUCAACGACACAUACAAAGUACCCGAAGUGUCCGCUCUCACUCCUCUCAGCACGCCACAGUUGAGCGGCAUAGACAUGGAGGAUGAAGCGGACGAAAAUGUCGGAGGCAUGCAACAGUGCAACACUGACGAUCGACUGCGCGACAUCAUUACGAUGACAGGUAUCUGGGUUGCAUUCAAGGAAGGGUGGAGCCCUAGCUACAGGUACGACGAUAAGGAUGGGGCAGCUUCGAUGCCGGCCUCGCCCGCAAAGCCCGGUGCUUCGUUUGUGGCUACACCACCUGGCUCACCCACGCCAUUCUCACUCGACUCGCGAAACAGUAUGAAGAGCAUUGGCUCGGGUAUCAUCCGAAGAACGAGCUUGCUUACUCGGAGUAACCGGUCUAGCAUCGCCAGCGUCCCUGUGAUUGAUGAGCCAGAAGCGACCAGCCGGAAUUCGAGCAUAACCAAGACUGGACGAGGGCGCGCAGACUCUUCGAGUACGGUCUUGGUGCAUCGUGCUGCAAGCAAUCGGCGCAAGAACAACCAACAGGCUGCCCGACGACCGGACUUGCACAUUUCGCACGAUCCAUUGCAGGAGACCUCUAGGGAGGACUUGUCACGGGAUUAUGCAACACCUCCAAAAGCACAAAUACAUUCGCCACUUGCAAACGUUGAGCAAACGGGCUCUGCAGCAUCGUCUCCAUCGCCAAGUCGCGCGCCGUCAAGUGGCAGCGCACAUCCAGAGACUGACGGCGCAACUACCCCACCGUUAAAAGGCAGUCGGCAGACAAGCUCAAUCAAUAAGAGGCACCGAGAGAGCACAUCCACCGCUGAUGCCGCUUCUGGUCACGCAAUGCCUGCCAAAGGCGAUCGCUUGCUUUCACCCGGCAAGACGAAAUCAAGGAAAUCCAUAACGAGCCGCCUCAAACGCCUUCUCUGCGGCAGUAAGGCGCACGAUCUCUAG